CAGGUCCACAGAACAGAUGCUUGUUUAAAUUUGCAGAUCUUUACUAUGCAACAUAUGAUGUUAAGAUUACAGCCGAGAAUAAAGAAGGACAUUCAGCUUUCAUUACUUCUGAAGCUACUACUAAAUAUAAUGAUAAGGCUGUCAUUGGAUUCUUGGUGUUCCUCAUCCUUGUGACGUCACUUGCGCUCCUUUUUGUGUUAUACAAAAUGUUCCUGCUCAAAAGAAAACGGAGUGCUGAAGAUGAAGAGAUUCCUCUUACCCCAGAACCGCUGCGCAGAGUUGAGCCCAUCUAUGCCGAGGGUUUGGUGGAGGCUUACGUGAGCAAGAUCGCUGAUGAGAGCCGUCUGUUUAUGGAUGAGUUUCAGAGCAUUCCCCGCAUUUUCUCCAAUUACACCAUCAAAGAAGCGAAGAAACAGGACAACCAGUCCAAGAACCGCUACGUUGACAUUCUGCCUUAUGACUAUAAUCGGGUUACUCUCUCAGCUGGAGGCGAAGACGACUACAUCAAUGCCAGCUUUAUCGAGGGAUAUCAAGAGCCAAAGAAAUACAUUGCAGCCCAAGGACCCAAGGAUGAGACUGUUUGUGACUUUUGGCAAAUGGUUUGGGAGCAAAAGUCAUCCAUUGUUGUCAUGGUCACCCGUUGUGAGGAAGGAAACAAGAUCAAAUGCGCUCAGUACUGGCCAUCUCUGGACAGAGAGACUGAGAUUUUUGACGAUUUUGUGGUGAAAAUCCGAUCUGAGCAACAUUGCCCUGAUUAUACCAUACGCCAUCUGAUCCUGAACAAUAAGCGAGAGAAGGCCUCAGAAAGAGAAGUAACUCAUAUCCAGUUCAUUAGCUGGCCUGACCAUGGUGUGCCUGGAGACCCCUGCCUGCUUCUGAAGCUCAGGAGAAGAGUCAACUCCUUCAAGAACUUCUUCAGUGGCCCGGUUGUGGUCCACUGCAGUGCAGGGGUCGGCCGCACAGGAACAUAUAUCGGCAUUGAUGCAAUGAUUGAAUCUCUCGAGGCAGAGGGCAGAGUGGAUAUCUAUGGAUACGUAGCAAAACUACGUCGCCAGCGUUGCCUCAUGGUUCAAGUGGAGGCCCAGUACAUACUGAUCCACACUGCUCUGAUUGAGCACAACCAGUUUGGAGAGACAGAGGUCUCACUGUCUGAAUUCCACUCAGCGCUCAACACUCUCAGACAGAAAGAUGGCAGUGACCCCAGUUUGCUUGAAAUGGAGUUCCAGAAACUGCCCAAAUUUAAAAAAUGGAGAACGUUUAACACGGGAAGCAGCGAGGACAACAAGAAGAAAAACCGCUACUCAGAUGUUAUCCCAUAUGACUUUAACAGAGUCCUGUUUAGACUGGACAUUGAGGGCAACCAGACCAGUGAUCCAGAGGAUGAGGACGAGUAUUCAUCAGAUGAGGAAGAAGAAUCUAAUGAAUACAUCAACGCCUCAUUCAUUGCUGGCUACUGGUGUCACAAGAGUCUGAUCGCAGCACAGGGGCCUUUACCAAACUCGAUGGCAGAGUUCCUGCUCAUGCUGUACCAACAACAAACUAAAACACUGGUCAUGCUCACAGACUGCCAAGAGGACGGCAAUGAUUAUUGCUGUCAGUACUGGGGAGAUGAAAAGAAAACUUUCGGAGACAUGGAAAUUGAGGUCAGAAAGACAGAAAGCUUUCCAACGUAUGUGAGACGGCAUCUGGAAAUACAGUCCACAAAGAAGACAGACGUCUUGGAGGUGGAUCAGUACCAGUUCCUGAAAUGGAAAGGCCGUGGGCUUCCGGAGAACGCUCAGGAGUUAAUAGAGAUGAUAAGGGUCAUCAGAGAAAACGGCAAUUAUGACAACAGCAGAAUGAACCGGAACAUCCCCAUGGUGGUGCACUGCAACAAUGGAUCGUCGCGUACCGGAAUCUUCUGUGCCUUAUGGAACCUCUUGGACAGCGCAUACACAGAGAAGCUGGUGGACGUCUUCCACGUAGUCAAAAACUUACGCAAGGAGAGACAGAGGAUUGUGGAAACAAUCGAGCAGUACCAGUUCCUCUACACGGCUCUAGAGGGCGCUUUCCCGGUGCAAAACGGCGCCGUCAAGACGCCACCGGCAAACGACACCACGCAGGUCAUCAACGAAACCACGGCGCUUCUCGACGAGCCCAACAGCACUUCCGGUGCUGACCAGAAGGAGGCGGAAGAGAGCAAAGCCGCAGAGAGCAGCGAGCAGGAAGCCAAGGAGAGCAGCACUGCUGAGGCUCCACCAGCAGAGGGAGAGAAACCCAGCACCACCAACGGCCCUGCCGCCACCGUAGAGCUUUAAGCAUUUUGGGGGCUAAAAUAGUUUCGCUAAUUUGACACCAAGUGUCAAGGAGUGAUUUUUUUUUUUAAUGCUUUUGAUUUCUUGUUUUACAUUUGAGUUUCAUUGUACAUUAAAUGUUAGAUCCGAGUUUUUUGUGGAGAAUUCGGGUUAGGAUCUGACUGAUCCAUUAAAACGUACGUUUCUGCCUCAGGUUUCGGUUUGGAUUUUCUGUAUAGGCUAAUGACGCUGUUUGUGUGAAAUCUGUGCAUACUGAUAUUGUUUAUUCACAUGUGUAAAGGAUUUGCUUUAUGAUUUGAUUUUUAGGCUAUCAAAUUGCGUUUUGAAUGUAUUGUAAUAUAAGACCUUACAGACGAUAUUUUCUGUUGUUUUUUUAUUAUUUGUAUUUUUUUUUUUUUUUUUUAGUUUGGAAACUGUAUCAAAGCACAGCCUUAUUGCAUCUAAAUUAUAGUGCCUGAAAUGUUUGAUGGAAGUGAGUGUUUUUAUGUUCGAGAACAACCAAAAAAAGGGCAAAGAUGACUUUGCACUACAGGGCUGUCAUCAAACUGUCUUUCAUUUCACAGUUUUUCCCCCCGAUUCGCUUAUACAUAUUUGAUUUUAAGCAGAUGUAACAUAACAAAAAAAGAAUAAAGGAUAGCUUGAACAAUACAGCUGUU